AUGUCUGGAGAGAAGCGCCCCGCGCAGGAGGCUUUCGGGUCCUCCAACUCACUCGUGGUGAAAAGAAAUAAAGCCGAUGCCGACCUCAACCCCGGUACAGCAGUCGUGAAGGGUUCCUCGCAGAAUGGAGCUCUUAUCCAGGCUAUCCCUCGUACCAGCGGCCUUGAUGCGCCUAUCAUGGAACUUACUGGUCACUCUGGCGAGGUCUUCACAGUCCGGUUUGAUCCAACUGCACAACACAUUGCCUCCGGCUCGAUGGACCGAUCCAUUUUACUUUGGAACACAUACGGGCAAUGUAAUAACUACGGUCAACUGACAGGCCACAAGGGCGCCAUUCUUGACCUUCAAUGGGCGCGCGAUUCACGAGCAAUUUUCUCCGCAUCAGCAGAUAUGACACUUGGAAGUUGGGAUGCAGAGACCGGGCAGCGUGUGCGUCGUCAUAUCGGCCACGAGGAGAUCAUCAACUGUCUCGAUAUUAGCAAGCGCGGGCAAGAACUGCUAGUCAGCGGAAGUGACGAUGGGUGCAUAGGAAUCUGGGACCCACGACAAAAAGAUGCGUUGGAGUAUCUUGAGACCGAACUUCCCAUCACUGCAGUCGCACUGUCGGAAGCAGGUAAUGAGAUUUACAGCGGCGGUAUUGAUAACACAAUCCAUGUUUGGGAUCUUAGGAAGAAAGCUGUGGUUUACUCUAUGGCUGGACACAACGACACUAUCACCUCUCUUCAGAUUUCUCCCGAUUCACAGACUCUGCUAUCCAACUCCCAUGACUCCACUGUCCGAACAUGGGAUAUCCGACCAUUCGCGCCAGCUAACCGUCUGGUUAACACAUUUGACGGCGCUCCCGUUGGUCUUGAGAAGAACCUCAUUCGUGCCAGCUGGGAUCCUAAGGGAGAGAAGAUCGGCGCAGGAAGUGGUGAUCGUAGCGUGGUUGUUUGGGACGCUAAGACAACAAAACUACUUUACAAGCUUCCUGGCCACAAGGGUACUGUCAACGAUGUGCAGUUCUCCCCCAACGAUGAACCUAUUAUUGUUUCUUGCUCUUCUGACCGCAAUCUCAUGCUCGGUGAAUUGGGCAAAUAA